CCCCCCGUUUGCUUUCCCAACUCAUUUUCUUCAAACAUGGCGGUGGAUCUGAUAAAAUUUCCAAAGAUGGAUGAUCAGGUGGCUAUACAAGAGGCUGCAUCGCAAGGCUUGAAGGGUAUGGAGCACUUGAUCAGACUACUCUCCCAUCGGUCAAACAACGUCGACUGCACGGACCUCGCCAAUCUCACCGUCUCUAAGUUCAAAAGGGUCAUCUCUCUUCUCAACAGAAGUGGUCACGCUAGGUUCAGACGCGGACCCAUCCACUCCUCAUCCUCUGCUUCUCUACCUCUUCCUAUUCCUCAACAAAAUCUGUCUCUUACUUCUGCUCCCAUCUCCACACCUAGUUUUGUUCAAUCUCAGCCACAGAGUUUGACUCUCAACUUUACGAAAGCUAAUUUGUUUGGCUCCAGUGACAAAAACACUGAGCUGGAGUUUCCCAAAGAAAGCUUCAGUGUUUCGUCUAACUCUUCGUUUAUGUCUUCUGCCAUCACCGGAGAGGGUAGCGUCUCCAACGGGAAGCUAGGAUCAUCUCUAUUCCUGGCGUCAGCGCCGACAGUUUCGGCGGGAAAACCGCCGCUAUCAUCUACGCCAUUCAAGAAGAGGUGCCAUGAACAUGACCACUCUGAUAUCGCUUCUGGGUCCGGCAGCAGCAAGUGCCAUUGCUCAAAACGACGGAGAAAUAGGGUGAAGAAAGUGAUAAGGGUGGCUGCGAUCAGUUCAAAGAUGGCGGAUAUUCCAGCAGACGAUUAUUCAUGGAGGAAGUACGGGCAAAAGCCUAUUAAAGGGUCCCCAUAUCCACGAGGAUAUUACAAGUGUAGCAGCAUUAGAGGGUGUCCGGCGAGGAAACACGUGGAGCGAGAUCCGGAUGAUCCCUCUAUGUUGAUUGUAAGUUACGAAGGGGAGCACCGUCACUCUCAACCUGCAACACUGCAGAAUCUGGCUCCUGCCGUUGGACUCCACUGGUCCUCUACUCAACCUGAUAAUAAACAAUUACUAUUAAUUUAAAUUAAAUUUAUAUAUAAAAAAGACAAAAGUGUAGUAGUGUUUUCUAUUACUUGGGAUUAGUUGAGGGACUUAUGUAAAUGAGCCUUUUUUAUUAUUAAUUUCAGUUCCAAUUGAAAAUGUAGACCGACUAAAUCUCGAGACUCUGCUUUCGUA